UCGUUACUUUCCCGAGCCGUGUCAAUGUGGGGAGAAUCUGAUCGACAGCAGAUCUCACAAAACACAUCAAGACUUGAUUCAAUAAAGCGUGUGUUUGACUGACUUUAUACAGACAGCAGACAUGACGAGCAACCAGAAGCGGAAAGAAGAGCUGCACGUGUCUAACGGAGGAGUGAAGCAGUCCGCGUGGAGUAAAGCCAUCAGCUGUAAAGCAGUAUGGGACGAGAAGGAUGAGUUUUUAGAUGUCGUCUACUGGUUUCGACAAAUUAUCGCCAUCAUACUAGGGCUUAUAUGGGGCGUUGUGCCGCUGAAAGGGUUUCUGGGUAUAGCCAUAUUCUGUGUCAUCAACGCUGGAGUUCUGUAUGUGUACUUCAGCAGUUUCCAGCAGGUGGAUGAGGAGGAGUAUGGAGGAACAUGGGAGCUCACCAAAGAAGGCUUUAUGACAUCCUUCGCUUUGUUCCUGGUGGUUUGGAUAAUAUUCUACACAGCUCUACACUACGAGUGAGGAUGUGCCGUAGACCUGGCGAGAGACAUUUGAUGUAAUGUUAUACGGAAGGGCUGGAGCGUUAAGGCACUGCUAUGUUACCAGCAGCAUGGACGAGCCUGGAAGAGCUGGUGCAUAGUGGCUACAUGUGAAUAACCUUCCUCGACCCAGGGCUCAUUGAAUUUUAAGCUAAUCUUGUCCACUGCACUGCCACGGCUAAUGGGUUAAAGCUGUUAUUUCUGUUAACUUCAUUUUAUGUUUCACGAUUAGCUUCCAACACAAAUUGUCUUACUCUGUUUUGACUAGUAAAUCAAAUAGUAGUGUGUAAAUUCUGUACAAUUUCAUUUUAUUCAAUCCACAAUGUAUUAAAGUACUGUAUGCAUUUAUUAUGUCAUCGUCGAUGUAACAUACUUCUCAGUAUUUUAUAGCGUAUUCACGGAAAUGUGAAUGUUCUGUAUGCUUGUUAUGAUUCAUAAGACACAACUGAGGCUGUUGAGAGACUAUUUUCUGGCUGGAAUGUUUUGAAGAAUAAAAUCAAAUUUGGGUACUGUUUGCCCCAAACUUUUCAGCUGAUGAUCUACUGAUGUGCUGCUUUGAACUCUUGUUAAACGUUUACAGUAGGGUUGUAUUUGUAACAUUAAUAAAUGCAUUAACGCUUCUGUUAUGUGCUAAUAUCAGCAAUGAUUUAAAGUGCUAGUUCACCCAAAAAUAAAAAUUCUGUCAUCAUUUACUCACCCUCUUGUCAUUUCAAACCUGCUUGACUUCCGCAGAACACAAAACAAGAUAUUGCUUGUUAACUGGACACCAUUCACUUGAAUUAGGUUUGUUUCCAUACGAUAGAAGUGAAUUGUGCUGUAUGGAUACCUUGUUUUUUUUUUUUAAUAUCUUCUGUGUUCUGCGAAAGUAAGAAAGUCAUAAAGGUUUGAAAUAACAAGAGGGUGAGUAAAUGAUGACAGCAUUUUCAUUUUUUGGUGAACUAUCACUUUAAAGUGCGGUUAUCUUGGCCCCACGAAUGUUUUAAUGUGCGAUUAAAUACUCAAAUUUAGUUUGUUAUUUUCUCACAUUUUACCCAUGUAAUAUUUAAAAUAAAAUAAAUAUUUUUAAUAUUACCACAAAACUAUUUAUUUGUAGUUACAUUGGGUUGUUGUGAGUUCUUGCAGAACCUUCAAGCUGUCAAUUCUCAUAGAUUCUUGAAACCAAAAACCUCACGCCAUCAUCAUGUCCUACUGAAACCUUGUAUAUCCAUUUUUUUGUUGUUGUUGCCAUAAAUCAUUAUUAUUAUCAGUCAGCCUUUAUGUUUGUCG